AUGCCGACAGCUGGAAACUAUCUCCCCUGGAUUACUAUCACACAUACCGUACCGCAAAUUGGAUUUUCUGCUUCUAUUGGAUUAGGUUUAGUAGUUGUGUUCCUGAACUUUUGUGGGGCUCAAAAUAAGUUUGGGCCGUAUAAAUACAUUCUCAACUCGUUUACCAUUUUGGGUGUGAUAUUUUCGAUCGUGGAGGUUGUUGUUUAUCCGGAGUCCGCAUUUGUCGUUGUAGCGAGCUACACGUUUUUCUACGCGGCUACAGUAGCUCUAUUAGCUACACAGUUCAUCUAUCGGUACUGGGCUAUUUUCGAACAAUCAAGAGCUACCGUUCACUGUUCUGUUCCCACCACAUCUGCUCAGGUCGCGUUACAACAAGAUCCUCUUGACGGACAAAGUAACGUGGAAAGGCUAAGCGACACGCAAUCGGUUAUUCAAAUUUUUUCUGAAGAUCUCUGA